UGUGACGUCAGUGCUGUCAGCGCUUCCUGGUUACAGUGAAGCUAAGCUAACAGCUAAGCUGUCGGGCUGCGGGUGUUCGUCCGCCGCUCUGACCGUUUCUUCUCACCGAUACGCGUCCAGUGUUUGACACGCUUCCCGUUAACCCUCCGGGAUGUCUUUCCUGGACAAACCGACCUCCGGCAGGCUGCUGCUGGACGAUACGGUGCCGCUGACGGCGGUGAUCGAAGCCAGCCAGAACCUGCAGUCUCACACGGAGUACAUCAUCCGUGUCCAGAGGGGUGUGUCCUCAGACAACAGCUGGCAGGUGAUUCGGCGCUACAGCGACUUUGACCUUCUGAACAGCAGUCUGAUGGUGUGUGGUGCCAGUCUCCCCUUUCCUCCUAAAAAGCUGAUUGGAAACAUGGACCGGGAGUUCAUCGCUGAGAGACAGAGAGGACUACAGUCCUAUCUGGACUCUCUUACCCAGCAUCCCUUGCUGUCCACCUCUCUGCACGUCAAGAAGUUCCUAGAUCCCAGCAACUACGCUGCCAACUACACAGAGAUCGCCCUGCAGCAGGUCUCCAUGUUCUUCAGAUCAGACCCAAAGUGGGAGGUGCUGGAGCCACUGAGAGACAUCGGUUGGAGGAUCAGGAAGAAAUAUUUUUUAAUCAAAAACAAAGAGCAGCCCAAAGACAGUUACGUGCUGAGCUGGGUGGAUCUGGGUCCUGAUAAGUUCCUGUCGGACAAAGACCUGCAGUCAGCCGUCAAGCUGCUGACCAGUGUGACGAGUCCGUACCUGUGUCCACUGGUGUUCUCCAGCACCAGCGAGUCUUCGGCGCUGCUGAUCCGCCCGUUUAAGGAGGAAGGCUCACUGAGAGAUCAAAUCCAUAAGGUGAAGCCCAGAGAGUCUUUUCUGAAGAAGUACUGUAACCUGAAGAAGAGUCAGGGCCUCGAACUGCCGCACAUCAGGCUGUACGGCCGCCAGAUCCUGGAGAGCCUGAAGCUUCUGCACGAUUCCGGCGUGUUCUUCGGCCACUUGCACGCGUCCAAUGUUGUGGUGAAUGAAGGCGUCUGCCAGCUGAUGGACGUGGAGAACGGCAUGCUGGGAGUUCCCUCUGUGCUGCGACCUGCCUUCACCCAGUUCAGGAAGAUCAAUACCACAGAGAACAUUGACGUUUUCUGCUUCGGACAUUUACUGUACGAGAUGACGUACGGUCGACCGCCUGACAGCGUUCCAGUUGACGAGUACCCCCCCGCCCCCAGCACCGCCUUGGUGUCAGUGCUGCAGUCCAUCCUGUCCACAGAAGCCUGUAAAAGUCGGAUGCCAACAGUGUCGCAGCUGAUCCAGACUCAGCUUUUCAGUGACGUCCAGCUCCAUCAUUCAGACAAACUCCAGAUCAAGAUUCCCGGCAGGUUAAAGGAGGCGCUGAAGGUGGCGAAGGAGAGUCUGGAGAGGAGGCUGCAGGAGGAGCAGAGAGUGCUUCAUCAGCACAAGCGUUUGACAAGAGCUCAGUCUCACCACGGCUCAGAGGAAGAGCGGAAGAGGAGGAAGAUUCUGGCCAGGAAGAAGUGCCGACAGUCAGCGUACGAAAAUGACGAAGACACGUCUGUCAGGAACAACAACUCUGGCUCUGGUGCCAGUUCUCCUUAUACCUCCCCAUCCUCCCCCACUCCCCCUUCUACCACAGGAGUUCAGAAUGCUCCUCCUCCUCCACCGCCACCUCUUCCUCCAUCAGACUCCUCCUCCCAUGCUGCUCCUCCCCCUGUGACCUCCACAGAUGGUGCUGGAGGAGGUCGCUCAGCGCUGCUCAGCUCCAUCCAGACCUUCAGCAAAGGCCGCCUGAAGAAGGCUCAGACUGCUGACCGCAGCAAACCCGUAAUUUGACCUCUGCCCUCCCACCAUGCUCCUCCAUCUGGUAACGGGCGCCGCGGCGACACCGCUGACCCGCCGCUGCGGCGCCGUGGUCUGGGCGAGUUGACGAGCUUGAUGUCGUUUCUCCCUCAAAUGUGAAAAA